AUGGGGGAAACCUUAUCAACUAGCUCAAAUAAUUCUACUAAAACGAACAAGUUAACAACAUAUAAACGAUUUGUUAUUCCUACAAAUAAAGAUUUACAAGCUAUUCAAGCUUAUUCUCACGUUACUAAUACAGAUGAUAGUACUAAAACUUGGAUGAAUCUUUUUAAUUCCUAUAGAGAAACAGCCAAUUUUACUAAUCCUCUUGAAUUAUUGAAUGAUACUACAUUACAAGAACAGCUUUGUCAAUUUUUUUGUGGUGUUAGAAAAUCAGGAAAAAAAGAAUAUGCACCUUCUUCAUUACAUAAACGAUUACAUAAAAUUUUUGAUGGUCGAAUUAAACAAAUUCAAGACAAUCAAGAUACAUCCCGUAAGAAAACUGAUGCACUUGAAAUGUGUGAGAUUAAAACUAUCUUUGAUUCACCAAAUAUACAAACUGAUACACCAAAGAGUCUUACAUAUCGGUUUAUUCCUGCUUCUCAAUUAUUACGAUAUGAUCAACUUGAAAUACAAUCUUUAGAACAAGACCAUAAAAUAACUCAAGAUUCAUCAAAAUUACCAGUAAUUAAUAUUGAAAAUAUUAAUAUUCAAAAUUGUAAUAAUAUAAAAGUAGAAGUUAUUGUUAAGCCAUUUGAAUAGUUAAAUAAAUAGUGUAGUAAUGUAAUUUUAUAUAUUUGUAAUAAUGAAAAAUAAUUUGAGGAGUAUAAAAAAGUUUAUUGCUAUGAA